AGGUUAACAUGUCACUGCCAUCCUUAACUCCAUUUCCGGCUGUCUGAUUCCGUCGUCUGAAUUCUGGUCCGGUCGGAGUCGGAUUUCCAGGACUUCAGCUGCAACCUCAGCAUUUAGCAAUGAACACCUCCUUGUUUCUUUUCAGCUCUCUCUGUUUCUUCCUCGGUCUUCUCGGCCAGAGGGUUUCAUCACAAGAACUUGCUAGCACCCCGCCGAGGGGUUGGAACUCGUAUGACUCGUUUAUCUGGGUUAUUACGGAGGAUGAGUUCCUGGAAAGUGCCCAAAUUAUGAAAGAGAAGCUCCUUCCUAAGGGAUAUGAGUAUGCUGUGGUGGAUUACCUGUGGUACAGGAAGAAAGUUCCUGGCGCUGAUGUCAAAUCUUAUGGAUUUGAUGUAAUCGAUGAAUGGGGGAGGCCGGUGCCUGAUCCAGAUAGGUGGCCUUCGUCGAAAGAUGGGACAGGGUUCACUGAAGUGGCAGCAUUUGUACAUAGCUUCGGUCUGAAAUUCGGGAUCCAUGUCAUGAGAGGAAUAAGUACACAGGCAUUUGAUGCGAAUACCAAGAUCUUGGACGUCAGAACGGGGUCUCCUUAUGAAGAGGGUGGAAGACAAUGGACUGCAAAAGAUAUAGGGAUCCCGGACAGGAGGUGCGCAUGGAUGGACAAGGGAUUCAUGAGUGUGAAUGCCGAGUUGGAUGCCGGAAAGGCCUUCUUGCGGUCACUCUACUACCAGUAUGCUGACUGGGGUGUUGAUUUUGUAAAAAAUGACUGCGUGUUUGGUGAUGACUUAGAUGUACCUGAAAUAACCUAUAUUUCAGAGUAUCUGCAGCAACUGCAUGCACUUGGGCAACAUCCUAUAUUGUAUUCUCUAUCUCCCGGAACCAGUGCAACGCCUGAUAUGGCCAAGCCUAUAAAUGGGAUGGUCAACAUGUACCGUAUAACCGGGGAUGAUUGGGAUUCAUGGGGAGAUAUUCUAGCCCAUUUUGAUGUAGCCAGGGAUUUUGCUGCUGCUAAUAUGAUAGGAGCCAAAGGCAUGCUGGGGAAGUCAUGGCCUGACUUAGAUAUGCUACCGUUGGGAUGGCUUAGUGCACCAGAAACAAAUGACGGUCCACACAGAUGGUCGAAUCUCAAUUUAGAUGAGCAAAGAACACAGAUGACUUUGUGGUCUAUGGCCAAGUCUCCUAUCAUGUUUGGAGGAGAUUUGAGAAAACUUACAGAUGAAUUAAUGAGAAUGCUCACAGAUGAUGCCUUGCUGGACAUAAAUUCUUUUAGCUCAAAUAAUAGGGAGUUUACACUCUUUACAAGUAAUGUGAGCACAGCCGUUAAGCAAGAUGAUCGAGUUCGCACCAAGCAAUCAAGAAGACAUCUGACAAACUCAAAAACUUCAAAUACACAUUCUCUCGGCCUCACUACCUGUGCAGAUGCGAAAGCAAUUGGUUGGUCUGCUCAAGCUCUUGACCGAGAUCUUGAACACAUCUGCUGGAGAGAUAACUCAAGGAGCAAACACCGGGCACCUUUUUGCUUAAACAAAAGAGAUUCUCUCUUGGCAAUAGAUGAAGACAUAACGGACAAACAGCGAUAUCAGGGGAAGGUCAAUUUAUUAGCAAGUGAUAGAAAGGACCUUUGCUUGCAUGCUUCUCCUACACAAAAGGUUACUUCAAAGGACGUUAAGAGAGGUUUCUUUUCACCUUGUAGAUGGGAUGCGAACCAGAUGUGGGAGUUGAACCCCAAUGGAACCUUGGUGAAUAGUUAUUCCGGCCUCUGCGCAAGAAUUGAUUCUUUUGAAGAUAACAAAGCCGUCACUGAUGUUGCUCGCUCUUGGAUUGCAACUGGAACACCAGAUGAAGUAUACGUAGCGUUUUUCAAUCUGGUUGGCGACUGGGCUACUAUAACCGCGCAAAAAGCAGACAUAGCCAAAGAACUUCCAAUGACGAAAUUGGCCAGCGGUUCGUGCAGGGGAAUAGAAGAAUGGACCGGACAAGACUUGGGGAUUGUAGGCGACACAAUUUCAGUUUCGGUUCCGUCGCACGGGGCUGCUCUGAUUAUCCUGACCUGCAGUUAGUGCAGUAUAAUCCAGAGCCUUUUUGGGUCUAGUUUUGCUUGUUUCUCCUUCCCCUUCUUUCUUUAUCUGCAAGUAAAAGGGAAAAGGGGAGUGGCACAUGCUGUAAUAUAUGUGAUAUGCAGGCCCCAUCAUGGAAGGAAAAAUAUUCACCUUUGAGAAUGAAGGAAUAAGAUUGUCUUCACUUUAUAUACGACAUGUGUUCUUAUUUUGGUUGGUGGAGGCUAAAAUCUAUCUUUUUCGUUAUUUUUAUGUUAUGAGGUCAUGCCUAGUGUCA